AUGAGCGCUGAGCGACUGAAGGCGUUGCGUGAGUUGUCCACGCUGCUGAAGGAGAAGGCCGAGGUGCCGGCUGGAUUGUGGGAGGAGGCCGGCAUGCGGGUGGGCGCCCGCCUGAAGGACGUUGAGAAGGAGAUCGUUGCGUUGAAAAAGAGCGUGUCGGUGGGCAUCAAGACGCGGGCGGUGGAGGAGCAGCAGGCGGCCCUCGAGGAGGAGGCACGCCGUCAGGGCCUCAGCGUCGAGGAACUCCUCGGCAAACAGCAGGAGGAGCGCGAGUUCAACCUGCAGCUCAAGCGGGCUCGCGAACGGGCACGGGAGGAAGGACGCGUGAAGAAGGAAGUCCAGCGACAGACUGACAUGGGUGAUCACGAUCUGACCGUGGAUUACGUCUAA